GAAAAGAUGUUUGCUUUCAGCAGUCGAGGGCUGGUACAUGGUGAGCGGCUGUGGUGCUUGGCGCCCUCUUCGCGCGUUCACUUCCACUCUCCUGAACUCUUGGUUCCCACAGAAGCAGCCAUCCCAGAAGCCAGCCUCCUGGGAGCUUCCUUUUGUUUCUCCAGGAUUAACCAGUUCUGCCCUGACACCAGUGGCAGGCAGCCACAGGAGGAGAGGUGCUUCCUGGCUUCUGGCGCUUUCCCGGGGGGCGUUUUUCUCCCCCAGUUCCUCAGUACUGGUGAAGCCGCCCUCUCACAACCUCUUCCUCUUUUUCUGAUGAGAUAACUCGUUCUGGUUGCCACCUAGCAGCUUCCCGUCAUGGUCGCUUGUUGAGACCUGGUGAAGGAUCAGUGCAAUAAUGUUCUGCAGUAAAAAGAAAUUGCUUGAAGUGGAACGGGUGGUGAAAGCCAAUGACCGUGAAUAUAAUGAAAAGUUCCAGUAUGCCGACAAUCGUAUUCACACAUCCAAGUACAACCUUCUCACCUUCUUGCCAAUUAAUUUAUUUGAACAGUUCCAAAGAGUGGCAAAUGCCUACUUCCUUUUUCUUCUGAUUUUACAGCUAAUUCCAGAAAUCUCCUCCUUGACCUGGUUUACCACCUUUGUACCUUUGGUCCUGGUAAUAAUGAUGACAGCUGUCAAAGAUGCUACAGAUGACUAUUUUCGCCAUAAGAGUGAUGAUCAAGUGAAUAAUCGGCAGUCGGAAGUGCUCAAGGAUAGCAGACUGCAGAAUGAAAAAUGGAUGAAUGUCAAAGUGGGAGACAUCAUUAAAUUAGAAAAUAACCAAUUUGUUGCUGCUGAUUUGCUUCUCCUAUCAAGUAGUGAGCCACAUGGUCUCUGUUACAUCGAAACUGCUGAGCUUGAUGGGGAAACAAACCUGAAAGUUCGUCACGCACUCUCAGUUACCUCAGAACUUGGAGCAGAUAUUAGCAGACUCGCGAGAUUUGACGGGACUGUGGUCUGCGAGGCACCCAACAACAAAUUAGAUAAAUUCACAGGAGUCCUCACUUGGAAAAACUGCAAGCACCCCCUCAACAAUGAGAAGAUCAUACUGAGAGGCUGCAUCCUGAGGAACACUGGCUGGUGUUUCGGAAUGGUUAUUUUUGCAGGUCCUGACACUAAACUAAUGCAAAAUAGUGGUAAGACAAAGUUUAAAAGAACAAGCAUUGAUAGAUUCAUGAAUAUUCUAGUACUCUGGAUUUUUGGGUUUCUGGUAUGCUUGGGAAUUAUUCUUGCAAUAGGAAAUUCAAUCUGGGAGAAUCAAGUUGGGGGCCAGUUCAGAACUUUCCUCUUUUGGAAUGAAGGAGAGAAGAACUCUGUGUUCUCAGGAUUCUUAACAUUCUGGUCAUACAUUAUCAUUCUCAAUACAGUUGUGCCCAUUUCACUGUAUGUGAGCAUGGAAGUAAUUCGUCUGGGACACAGUUAUUUUAUAAACUGGGAUCGGAAGAUGUAUUACUCUGGGAAAGUGAUACCUGCUGAAGCCCGGACUACCACGCUCAAUGAGGAACUGGGCCAGGUUGAAUAUGUUUUCUCUGACAAAACAGGCACCCUCACUCAAAAUGUCAUGACUUUUAAAAAGUGUUCCAUUAAUGGGAGAAUCUAUGGUGAAGUAAAUGAUGAUUUGGGUCAGAAGACAGAAAUAACUAAGGAAAAAGAUUCUGUGGGUUUCUCAGUCAAAUCCCAAGCAGACAGAACAUUUCAGUUCUUGGAUCACAGUCUGAUGGAAUCCAUUAAACAGGGUGAUCCAAAAGUGCGUGAAUUCUUUAGGUUGCUUGCUGUCUGUCACACUGUAAUGUCAGAGGAGAAUAAUGCAGGACAACUGGUUUAUCAAGUUCAGUCCCCUGAUGAAGGUGCUCUGGUGACAGCUGCUAGAAAUUUUGGGUUCGUUUUUAAGUCUCGGACUCCAGAGACAAUAACAAUAGAAGAGCUUGGAACACUAGUUACAUAUCAACUGCUUGCCUUCUUGGAUUUCAACAAUAUCAGAAAAAGGAUGUCUGUCAUAGUUCGAAACCCAGAAGGACAGAUAAAGCUUUAUUCCAAAGGAGCAGAUAUUAUUCUGUUUGAAAAACUUCUUCCCUCCCAUGAAGACCUUCGGUCUUUGACGUCAGAUCACAUCAGUGAAUUUGCAGGGGAAGGCCUCCGAACCUUGGCCAUUGCAUACAGAGAUCUGGAUGACAAAUACUUUAAAGAAUGGCAGAAGAUGCUUGAAGAUGCAAAUGCUUCUACAGAUGAGAGGGAUGAAUGGAUAGCUGAACUGUAUGAAGAAAUUGAAAGAGAUUUGAUGCUACUAGGUGCCACUGCUGUAGAAGAUAAGUUACAAGAGGGUGUUAUUGAAACGGUUACAAGUUUGUCCCUAGCUAAUAUUAAGAUAUGGAUCCUAACAGGAGACAAACAAGAAACAGCCAUAAACAUCGGUUACGCCUGCAAUAUUCUGACUGAUGACAUGAAUGAUGUGUUUGUGAUAUCAGGAGGCACUGCAACGGAAGUGAAAGAAGAACUCAGGAAAGCAAAGGAAAAUUUGUUUGGACAAAAUAGAAGUUUUUCCAAUGGCCUUGUAGACUGUGAAAAACGGCAGCAGCUGGAGCUGAGCUCUGUUGGAGAAGAAACUGUAACGGGAGAGUAUGCCUUAAUCAUAAAUGGUCACAGUUUGGCCCAUGCCCUAGAAAGUGAUGUCGGGAAUGAUCUCCUGGAACUCGCCUGCAUGUGUAAGACUGUGGUUUGCUGCAGAGUCACCCCACUGCAGAAAGCCCAAGUGGUAGAGCUGGUGAAGAAACACAGACAUGCUGUCACUCUGGCCAUCGGCGAUGGAGCCAAUGAUGUCAGCAUGAUUAAAAGUGCUCACAUUGGUGUUGGCAUCAGUGGCCAAGAAGGCCUGCAAGCGGUCUUAGCCAGUGACUAUUCCUUUGCACAGUUCAGAUAUCUCCAAAGGCUUCUCCUCGUUCAUGGAAGGUGGUCCUAUUACCGAAUGUGCAAAUUCUUAUACUAUUUCUUCUACAAGAAUUUUGCAUUUACACUUGUGCAUUUCUGGUUUGGUUUCUUCUGUGGUUUCUCAGCCCAGACUGUUUAUGAUCAGUGGUUCAUCACCCUGUUUAAUAUUGUCUACACAUCCCUGCCUGUUUUAGCUAUGGGGAUAUUUGACCAGGAUGUGAGUGCCCAGAACAGCAUGGACUACCCUCAGCUCUAUGAACCUGGACAGCUAAAUCUCCUCUUUAAUAAACGCAAAUUUUUCAUCUGCGUGGUGCAUGGAAUCUACACCUCAUUAGUCAUAUUCUUCAUCCCCUAUGGGGCCUUCUAUGAUGUGGCUGGAGAAGACGGACAGCACAUUGCCGACUAUCAGUCCUUUGCAGUUACCUUGGCCACAUCGCUGGUCAUUGUGGUCAGUGUGCAGAUGGCCUUGGAUACCAGUUACUGGACUAUCAUUAAUCAUGUCUUCAUCUGGGGCAGCAUUGUCACUUAUUUCUGCAUUUUGUUUACAACACACAGUAAUGGCAUGUUUGGCGUCUUCCCAAAUCAGUUUCCCUUUGUUGGAAAUGUAUGGCAUUCCUUGACCCAGAAGUGCAUCUGGCUUGUUAUUCUCUUAACAACAGUGGCUUCAGUUAUGCCAGUGGUGAUGUUCAGAUUCUUGAAGGUGGAUUUAUACCCAACCCGGAGCGAUCAGAUUCGCCAGCAGCAGAGGACUGAAAAGAAGGCAAGGCCCAGGAGGAGCCAAAGAUCACACACCCGCAGGUCAAGCUCAAGAAGAUCUGGCUAUGCUUUUGCUCACCAAGAGGGCUAUGGAAAGCUUAUCACAUCUGGAAAAAAUAUGCGAGUGCAAAGUCCACCCCCACCAACAGGGUUGGAAAAGACACUGUAUAAUAGCACUAGCAGAAUUGAAGAUUUAUGUAAGAAAACCACAGACACAGUGAGUAGCUUAGGCCAGGACAGAACAGUGCAACUGUGAGUCAGGAUGAAUUUGAAUCAUGAAAUUAUCUCUUCCCUUCAGCUGGAGCUUCAAUUCAGCUGGCCCAGAGUUUGGGAUCAGAGGCGAGUGGCGAGGCAGAUUGCUUCAUUUAAAUCUGUGGCAGACAGUGGCCAAUGCUUGCCAAAUAGCCCUGUGAUUUCCAGGAAGCCAGGCCAGGUGAUCUCUGCUAAUGUGUGAUUUGGUGGACAAAACCCUCACAGUACAAGCGCAUUUUUUUUUUUUAUUCAACCUUGAUACCAAUUUACCUGAACUUGAGAAUCUUAUUUAUGGAGAAAAACUCAUAAAUCCACAUAAACACUGAAUGGACUCUCAGAUGGAAAAAGGGUGCAUUCCAAAGGCAUACUCACAUAUCUGAACUGAAAAGCAUGCUUGUCAACAGAUGUACAUGUUUAUGUGAGAGAAGCCUUUCCCAAGACAGACUGUCAAGAUCUGAAGUGUAUACUAUGGUGCUUUUGAACUAAAUGGCAUGUCAUUGUAGUCCUGAUAGCUACUCAGGACAAAGAUCACUUUCAUGCCUGAAGAAAAGUAUGUUGGUAUUCUUUGUUUUAAUUUAUUAUUUUUUUUUACUAGAGACAAAGAAGACUAUACAUCUAUACAGGGAGCUAGGCUGGUAAUUGGUCAUUUAUUCAAGAAAUUCUCAGAGUGACAUGUAGAGAUAUAUUCAUGAAAUGUCAAAGAGAAUUUCUCUAGUAAAUAUUCUUAAUACUUUACAAUGACUUACAUAGCAAACUCAAUAGUAAUUUGCUAAGUAUCACCCAGAACCAUUAAUGGAAUCAGCCAACCAGUGGAAUUUCACACUUUAAUGGUAGUGUUUCAUAUAUUCAUUGGGAAAAUACUUUUCACAUUUCUAAUUUUAAAAGCUUCAGAAUUGAAAUCAAGUAAAUUAAUAAACUAUCUCUUUGAUAACUAUUUAAAUAUGCAGGGAUUGGUCUUUCAGAUUUAGCUACUUUUGAUACACAGUUGUCUUGUAUAUAAUUUAAAUGUGUAGAACUUCGUAGAGGAGGUUUGUUUUUUGAGAUGUGCCAGCCCAAAUGUUCAGUUCACAAGUGAGUCAGCAGGGUAUUUGCUGUAAAAAGAUCCAGGAAGAUCUGGGUUUAAAUCCCAGCUCUGUUACAUGUUACCUCUAUAUACUUGCACAGAUAUUGUGCCUUCUCUGAGACUCUGUUUCUUCCUCUAUAAAAUGAGGAUGUAUUAACUACCUCCUGUGGUUGUUCGGUGUUUAUCAAAGCACAGAUUCUCCAAACAUUGAAAAUAUAGUUUUCCUAUAAAUAAAUAAGUUAAAUUCUAAUCAACCCAGCAUCAGAAUAACAGAGUCCUUUGAAGAGAAUAUGAAGAAUGAGAAUUUAAGUGAUCAAUGGCAAAGGCCUUAAUGAAAUGAGAUUGCUAAGUCAGUUAUAAAACUGGUAGUGUCCUAUAGGGAAAUAAAAGUAUAACUGUAGAGGUAUAUUUCUCUUUCAGGAAGCAAAGUCAGUCAUCAUACUUUAUCAGUUUUCCACAAAUCAACUCUUAACUUGACAAAGUUGUUAAUCUGAUCCCUAUUGAAUUAUUACUCGAAGUUACAUUUCCCAGGAUAGUCAGGGAACCUUUGAUAAGUAAUGGCCUAGUGUGAUACUAAUAAGUCACAAUCUUUUUUUUUUUUUUGUCUUAACCUCUAAGUCUUGGAUUUUUUGAAUGCAAUCAAAUGAUAUAACAUGUAUACAAGAACCUAAUAUAGUGCUUCAACCAUAAGAAAUUCUUAUAAAGAUUUUCCCAUGGAACUGGCACUGUGGUGUAGUUGGUAAAGCUGCUGCUGGCUGCAGUGCCAGCACCCCAUAUGGGCACGGUUCGAGAUCUGGCUGCUCCUUUUCCCAUCCAGCUCUCUGCUGUGGCUUGGGAAAACAAUAGAAAAUGGCCCAAGUCCUUGGGCCCCUGCACCUGCAUGGGUGACUGGGAAGAAGCUCUUGGCUCCUGGCUUUGGAUCAGCACAGCUCAAGCUGUUGCGGUCAACUGGGGAAUGAACCAGCAGGUGGAAGACCUCAUUCUCUCGCUACCUCUGCAUCUCUGUAACUCUACCUUUCAAAUAAAUAAAUAAAGAAAUAUUUUAAAAAAUGAUUUCCCCAUUUUCCAUACAUGCCUACCUGCCUAGACUUACCCAGAUGUUAAUUUUCCAUGUCACUAGUUUCACUGUGUUUGCUCACUUUUUGUGACGUUUUAAAAAAUUUGAGCUGUUAGUAAAUGUUUUCUACUACUGAUGUCUGAUGUUUUGCCUCUUCUUUAUUGGGAAUUCACCGGGGGGAAUUUUUGUUACAUUAGUGCAUUGCAUUUUUUUCUCCUCUCUUUUGUAUGUCUAAGAAAUAUAUAUGUAAUAUUAUUAGCUUUGGAGUCAAGUAUAAAAUGAACAAAUUGGAUACAUGUGUAAGGGUCGGGAAAGAUUAGAAAUUGUUGAAUUUUAUAAAUUCAAUUAAAAUUUUAGUAUAUGUGCUGCCAAAGUGAACAUAAUAAAUUUGAUUAAAAUUAAAUAAGGCUCUUUAUAAACAAAUAGUGUACAUGAUUAUUGGGAAACAUGUUAUCAGCUAACUAUGAGAUCACCCAGUGCAAGAUCAUUCAAUUACAAGUGCAAGAGAUUGUUUUGAACCGAAGAUGAAAAGUUUGAAGAGUGGCUGGUGGCAGUGGGACCAGGAGGUAAUAAAAUUUAAAUUUUACCUAAAAGUUAUCAGAUUUAGAAAAAUAUUUUUUUCUAGAUCCCAGACUUAAGUUGGAAACUUGUAUUUUUCAUGUCUUAAUCUUCAUUUUGAGGUAUUGUAGGUAAUCACAAAUCAUCUGCCUCCAGGUGUACGUCUCUAUGGGGGAGAGACAGAGGUCUGAAGAAAGCGAGAGAGAGAAGGUGAGAAGGAAGGAAUAGCAAGGUACAAAAGAGUUGCCUAUUACACAUUUCUUGAGGUGAUGUGACUGCAUUUGAGAUUCAAAUAACAGAACCUUCCUUACAUUCUGUGUGAAAUCAAAGUCUUACUGGAAGAGGGAUAGGAUCUCUGGCUUCUCAUCACCCUAUUGCUACUGAUUUGUAUGAGCUGGGCCAUUUCAGCCAAUGUCUCUGGACCUUAAAAUCUCAUCCAUCAAUGCAGGAAUUGGAUAAGAUGGUCUCAGUGAACUUUUCUCUUGUGCCCAUUCUGUGAGCUGUUGUUAUUGUUGUAGGGAUGGGGUAGAGGUGUGUGUGAGGGAGUUAGGAGAGAGAGGAGAGAUUGAACUGGAUGCUUUCUUGUGGUCAAAGCCUGGCUCUAGCACUGAUUCUUAUUUCUCUAAAACAACCCCUGGAAUACUGCCCUCUCUGGCUGUCUCUUAGUUUAUCACAAAGGUGUCAGGCUUGUGAUCGGGCUUUGCCUGGGCCAAAGAACUAUACCCAGUUUCUUGCUAAGAAUUUAUCAAGAUAUUUCUACACUUUCCUUGCCUCUGCACCACUUUAAAUAUCACAAAUAUGGAGAUAUAAAGGCAAGAUGCUCACGCCCUGUUAAGAAGAGGGCCAUUUAGUCCUAACUUGUCCCUAGGUUUAGAGAAGUUUCUUUGGGCCUCAGUUCCCCCAGGAUUCAACUUGCAAUAAUAAAGCUUGAGUAGUUUUCUUCAUAGUUAUCUGGCAUUUUGCAGUCCCUCUCUCUCUCUUAUGCAACUUUUUUUUUUAUUUGAAUGGAAGACAGUGAUAGAGAUGAUAGAGAUGUUGAUAGGUAGGUAGGGAGGUAGGUAGGUAGGAUGAUGGAGAGAGAUCUACCACUCACUGGUUCACUCCCUAAAUGCUUGCAACAGCUGAGGCUGGGUCAGGCCAAAGCUGAAAGCCUGGAACUCUGUCUUGGUCUCCUGUGUGGGAGGUACAGACUCAACUAUUUGAGCCAUCAGUUUUUGGCUCCCAGGGUGCACAUUGGCAGGAAGCUGGAAUCAUAAAUAGAGGUGAGACUCAAACCCAGGCACCAUGAUACGAUAUCAUGUUAAUCACUAGAACAAAUACCCAUCCCCAGACUGUAUUUUUUUCCUCUAAAAACAGCCCUGUGGGGUAGUCAGAACUCCAUGUUAAACCCACUGUUAUGAAGAGAAAAUGGAAGCAUUGAGAGGUUAAAUGCUUUGCCCAGCGUCACACAGAAAGCAUAAGAUACAGAACUGAGAUCUGACACCAAAUCCAGAGCUUCUUACACAACUCCUCAUUGGAUGCCUACCUCUCCUAAUAGAUGUGGACUUUCUCUACAGUCUGUCUUCCCUCUGAAACAUUCAUUUGGCUCCUGAAGUGUGCGUAGUUAGGGAAGAAGUGCAAGCAAAUGUAAACCUGUUUUGAAAUAUGUUUCAUGUGUUCUCUUUCUGUCUCAGUGCAAAUACACAAAAUUUCUCUUACUCCUUGCCUUUAGCAUUUCAUAAAGCUAGAUAAUUAUGCAGUGCAGACACAGAAAUAAACAUGUUGGCAGAUAUUUAAAAAAUAUCAUUAGGAGAUCUAACAAGUCAGACUAUAUUUUUGAUUUUGUGUUAAGAAAUUGCAUUACUCUUACUGUAUACACAAAUUCCUCAAAAUUGAUAUGAUCUAAUAAUGACUCAUAAUUUUAAAAAACACAAAGUUUAACAGUGGAAGAAUCCAGAAACAAUUAUAACUUACAGAUUCUGUGAUGAGAUUUUGCAGGUUAGGGGUCAGAUAACCAUGUGGGGGUCAUAAUUUACCGAUUUUUACAUUAACAUCUGGUAAUGAAUGUCAGCAUUUUGCUCUACUGCGUCACAUUUCAUUCCUUGGUAAGAAAUCAUAAACUUUUGCAAUUCUCUAGCCAAAGCCUUUCACUGAACUGCCUGGAAGCCAGUACUAAAUGAGCCAUGUAUUUCAAAAUACUCAUUGCAAAAGAUUUGGAGGGGCUUGCUGGGCUAAUCUGUAGGUCUGGAGCUACAACUUAACUAAGAAAGGGUCUUUUCUGUCUUCGAAUUUCAAAACUUCCUGGCAGAUCUCUUCCUGUAACUAGUACAAAAUGCAAAUCAGCUUGGAGCUUUGUACAUGAACGUCCACAGAUCAAGAAAUAAUGAUUAGCUGGCUAGAAAUCUCUGGCUAUCUCAAUUCAGUUUCCCGUAAGAUUUACAGGGGCAAGUUUAAAUUUUUAAUAAGCCACAGCCCAGGGUUUGUAUAGAAAAUUCUGAUCUGACCAAGAGGCAUACAGAGAUUGUUACCUUGAUUUGGAAAUAAAUUCACAGUCAAGGACAAAACUAUCUGUUUCACCAUUGUCACAAAUGUUUCUAAUAUUCCCUGACUUCUUCUAGGAAAAUGUGAAGGAUUAGGAUGUUUCUUUGAUGGUUGAUUAUUUUACUUCUACUCUCCUUUCUGACUGUCUCCACAGAGUGCAACUUUAUAUACAUACAAAAGUGUAUAUAUGCCAAAAACUUCAUGAAAAUGCAUAGUAUGUAAAAGCUAUGAUGGAUAUCAACCUUGUUUACAGCAACAUAUAUUUAUCUUUUAAAGCAAUUUUUCUAUUAAAAUUUUUAAGUCUCAUAUAGGUACAAAGUAAUGUAUAAAGUUUGGACAGAAAUUUUACUGACUCCAGAGCAUCUGUAGACAGUGUUGAAUGAAAUUCCUGUUACUGACUUUUUGACCAGAAAAAAUAUUCACCAUGACACAUUGUAGUCAAACUUUCCACAGCAAAGCAUAAAGAAAAGAUUCUUAAACAUGCACAAGAGAAAGGCCAGAUUACCUUCAGAGGAUCUCCAAUUAGACUCAUAGCUCACUUCUUAUCAGAAACCCUACAGGCUAGAAGACAAUGGCAAGAUAUAGUACAAAUCUUAGAAAAAAACCAGAAUACUGUACCCUCAAAGCUCUCAUUUAUGAAUGAAUGUGAAAUGAAGACCAUCCAUAACAAACAAAUUGAAAGAAUUUGUCACCAUGUGUCCAGCCUUAAAAAAGAUGCUAAAGGAUGUGCUACACACAGAAACAGAAAGAAAUCCACCAUGAUGAAAGAAUGUGAAGACAGAAAAUCCUCCAGUAAAAGCACCAAAGAAAUCUAAACAAAGAAUAUUGAUGGAAAAAUGGCAGGGCCAAGUAAUUACUUAUCAAUAAUUACCUUGAAUGGGAAUGGACUCAACUCUCCAGUUAAAAGACACAAACUGACCAAAUGGAUUAAAAAAUAAGACCCAUCUAUUUAUUGCCUACAAGAAACACAUCUCACCAGCUGUGGGGAGCAACUCAGACUAGACUGUUACUGGA